AUGAGAAAAUUCUAGUAAAAUUUUGUAUUUAUAUUAGAAAAUUAGUUACUCAAUUAGAGAAUUAGUUACUCACAAAUUCAAUUAAAUUUUUCAAGAAAAAAGGUACUGAAAUUCGAUAAAUUUUAGAUAGAGCGAUAGAACAAGAAUAGGAGAACUACCCUCCUAAAAAGAACUUAAAUCAGAAAUCGGAACAAUUCUAUGUUUAGUUAUCCUAAUCUUUAUACAAAAUUUAAGAGGUUCUAAGGGUGCAAUUGUUAAACAUAAUUGAAGGAUGCCUAUUAGACGAUAUAGGAAAUCAAGAAAUUGGGUGA